AUGGAGGCCCCAGAAGUUCCUGUAGGGUCGCUGAUUGACUUUGGGACCGAGCCACCACUCUCUCCUCCUUUAGAGGCCCUGCCUCCACAGCUGCAGGACAGGGACAAUUCACUGGGCGAUGGUGCUUCUGAGAGUGAGACCACCGAGUCCGCGGACAGCGAGAAUGACAUGGACCAGUCUCCUUCCCACCCAUCCUGGGACCAGUACCGCCGUUCUUCCUCCAAUGACUCCUUCUCCUCCAGCCACAGCACUGCAUCGGCCCAGGACGAGGAGGCCCUAGAGCUCCGAGAGUUCAUGUGCAGCUAUGUGGAGAAGGUCUUCUCCGGAGGGGAGGACUUGGAGCAGGAGGAGAAAGCCAGGUUUGGGGAGUAUUGCAGCAGCGAGAAUGGGAAAGGCCGAGAGUGGUUUGCCCGCUACGUGAGCGCCCAGCGAUGCAACUCCAAGUGUGUCUCAGAGCCGACCUUCUACCGCCUGGUGCAGUCCUUCGCUGUGGUACUGUUUGAGUGUCACCAGAUGGACGACUUUGGGCCCGCCAAGAACCUCAUGACCAUGUGUUUCACCUACUAUCACAUUGGUAAGCCACACCUGCUCCCUGCCGAGUCCAAGGAGAAGCCAGCCGGGAGCAUCGACUCCUACCUGAAAUCUGCCAACAGCUGGCUGGCAGAGAAGAAGGACAUUGCAGAGCGACUCCUGAAGAACACCUCAGUGAAGACGGAGAACAUGAAGGGCUUCUUUGGGGGGCUGGAAACCAAGCUGAAGGGACCCAUGGUGAAGAGAACCGAGGAAGAUGACAACAAACCCAAAGAGAGACAGCAAAAGGCAGUGACUGUGUGUAGCCCAGAGGAGGAAAAGAAAGGGGAGAAGAUCUACCUGUACACACACCUGAAGCAGCAGCCCAUUUGGCACACCCUGAGGUUCUGGAAUGCCGCCUUUUUUGAUGCUGUCCACUGUGAGAGGAGAAAGCGGUCUCCCACUACCAGAGGGAAGGCUGGAGAGGAGGAGGAGAAGAGGGAGAAGUGGUGCCACAUGACUCAGGAGGAGCGUGACGACAGCCUGCGGUUCAAUGAGAACAUCACCUUUGGACAGCUAGGCACGUUCACGCACAACAUGCUGGCAUUUGGUCUGAGCAAGAAGCUAUGCAAUGACUUUCUGAAGAAGCAGGCGGUGAUCGGCAACCUGGAUGAAGAGCAGUACAAGCUGCUCAGCGAGCACAUUGAGCAGAUGGCGGCCGAAUAG